AUGACGUUGGCAUCGCCCUUGCCGUCGCCGUCGACAUUGCCGUCGGUGUCUGCGUAUUCUGACGAGCGCGAGAGCACACCUGUGCCUUUCUCAGUCAAAAUAUUCUACAGAACGGGGGCGUUUCACAGACCAGACGAGUUCGCUCCAGCGUAUCUUCCUCGCUACAUAGAAAUACCUGCACUCGAGAGCACUACGCUGCUGGAGCUGGGACACCAUCUCGCUGCAGAGUACCUGCUCCCGGACCCGUGCAUAGGCACGCGCCUCCAGUUCCGCCUCGUGUAUCCCGACACGCGUGGUUCGCCGGAAGAGCCGCCACGGUAUCUAACGGAGGACCUAGGCAGCGUGGUUCUCGGUGCUGGCGGGCCUGGCGUCGACGACGAUUCAGCUUUUAAUAGUGGCGUGGAAAUAGACGAUGCCUUGGACCAGCUCUCAAGCUCGAGAAGUGACGAAACCAAGACUCUUGCAGGCGCCAGGUUUAUCGUCGGGGACUACAUCAGCGUCGCCAUCCUCCCGCCCUCGGAGCUGACGGGCGAGGUUGCGCCGGCGAACAGUGCACGGAUAGGUCGGGGAGCAGGCGUCGGCGAGGCUAAGGGCGGCAUCGGCGCUUUACUAUCGCCUAGUCCGCCGCCGUCGUUUAACAGAGGACGAGUACCAAGCGGCUCGAGGAGCAGAGGAGAGUCUUCUCAGGGCCGCGGGUUCGGGUGGGGCCCAGACCGGGAUCGACAUCGAAGAGGAGGCAGCAGUCGUGGCCUCCCAGAUGGUGAAUGGAGAAGAGGCGACACGCUCCCCUCCCCCUCAGGUCGUCCAUGA